AUGGUCGAACAUUACAAAAUGUGCUCCAUCAGCAAACAAACGCUCUGUACAGUGCUUUUCCUGCUGUAUACCGUCCCGAACGUUACACAGUGCACACUGCACGAAAUGGUAGAUGCAAUAGCCGCGUUGGACAAUGCAAGUGAUACGAGUGGUACCAACGUUUGCAUAUUUUCCACUGCUAAUUCAUCGCUCGCCCUGUUUUCCCCGCUGCUGAUUCCAACGCUGAUUUCAAAAUAUCCGACGACGUUUUUAACCAUGAAGAAUUACGUUGAUGUUGAGUCAACUAAUCUCGCAAGUUUGGUGCUGCUGGAUUUAACGGCCUACCACUACGAGUUUCCAUUCAAGUUUAUACAGCAGCGUCUUAAUCAUCAUUCGUGCUAUAAAAAGUCGGCCAAAUUUAUUGUCCUAAUGGGUGGAGCGAGCUUUCAGCGGAAAGAAACUGCGAUCAAGUAUUUGGAAAAGUAUUUUAUCAUGGACUAUAUACUCGUACCGCUUAGUAAUGCGUCCAGCCCAGUAACGGUGUACACGAAGCAUCAAUUCACUGGCGAAGAGUACUACUUUCGCUCGUCGGAUCGUCCCGUGGAGCGAUUUUUCCCCAGCAAACUGCGGAACCUUAACGGCUACACGUUCACGAUGAACGGCCCCACCAUCUAUCCCUACAUGUUGUUCCUAGAGCCCGCCGGUCAAGCAACUGGCUUGGUACCGAACCUUGUGAAGCAUGUCAUCCGGGACCUCUGCAAUGGUUCCACGUACUUCACGGACGACCCUAAGUAUCGCCGCGUCGUGCACGGACUAUUCAACGUGCCGAUCGAACGUUUUCACUAUCAGCAAACGAUCUACUUUCGGGAGGAAACGGGCAUCUACAUCGUUUGCCCUAUACAUACGGUACGCGAUUUUCUGCGCCAUCUGUUAAAACCAUUCUCGAUUGGCAUCUGGAUUGUUCUGACCGGACUGUUCGUGUUCUGCCGUGUGCUACAGAUUCUCUUUCCAACCAUCUACCAGUACGAUCUGAUCUCGCUCACAUUCUUCGGUGGUGGUGGGGUGGAAUAUCUGCAACCGUUUGCAUUCCGCAUCAUAACGCUAACGCUUGCCGUGCUGAUGUUUUUCCUGUCAGAGGCGUACAACACCAAAAUCAUCUCGCUCAUGUCGCUGUCAAAGUUUUACGUACAACCGCAAACGCUUGACGAACUGCAUAAUACGGACUAUCGCAUCCUUUCGACGCGGUCCGGCAGCAAGCAUCUUGGUGCCAUUUCGGACAACUAUCUGUCCUACCCGGCGACGUUGCGCGAGGAACAGCGACUGGGCGAUGAGGUGCACGCGCACUACUGCUCGGCGAUGCAUUUGGGAAACGCAUGGAUAGCUGUGUCAAAGCGGAUACACCACAUCUUAGGUCCGAGGUACAUCGUGGAGGAACCACUGUUUCGCGACAAAAAUCUUAUCCAGCUCGAACAGCAUACACCGUUUUUCCGCCUGUUUGAGGACGCGUUUGGUAUGCUAAACGAUAACGGGUUUUGGUCCUACCGGUUACGGUGGGCACAGGAUAUCACGCAGGCAAACACGCCGGAAAUGAUAUUCACACAGUUUCAGGAGGUUGUUUUCUACUUUGAUGAUUUGUACUGCGUGUGGAUACUAAUCAUUGUCGGUUGGUUGAUCAGUGCCGUGUGCUUUCUGAGCGAAAUCGGAUGGGAAGCGUGGAAGCAGCGGAAAAUGAGACCAACGGCAAGGAAAUUUAAUGUGGCACGAAAGUAUCGUUUAGUGUUGGGGUGGUUCAAUGUACGAUAA